CAUGUUCAGUUCCCUAAUGGUGAGGAAGAGGGAGAGCGAACAAAUCAUUCUACCACAUUUCCUGUGUGAUAUUGCUGAUUACACACUUGAAUGUAGCAGCACUGACAGUGCUCAUCACAUGUGCAUAAAGUAAUGCUUGUACCCCAACCUAAGUGACAGGACCGGUCACCCUGGUCAACUCCCCCUGUUGCUGUGGUCAAGUUACUGUUGUGGUCAGUCACGAUGAACACCUCCUCAGAAGCGGUGGCCAGAGGGGUCAACAACGCCACCCUGGAGAUGCUGGUCAGUCCUGUGAUGACCGUGGCUGUGCCUGUUAUUUACCUGUCUGUGUUUGUGUGCAGUACCCCCUGCAACCUGCUGUCUCUGGUAGCGCUGCUGAACGUCCAUUACAAACGCCACACUCCCACGUCUGUGUUUGCCAUCAACCUGUCGCUGGCAGACCUGCUCUACAGCGUCUUCCUGCCCCUACAGGUGUUGUACCACCUGUGGGGUAAUGACUGGCCGUGGGGCGCUGCCCUCUGUGGCCUCACCACCACAGCCCUCAACUGCAACAUGCAUUGCUCCGUCCUCACCACCUGUGCCAUCGCGCUCGAGCGCUACUGCGGUGUCGUACACCCACUACGCACCAAACACUGGCGCACCGCCCGGAGAGCCACCAUCGCCUGCGUCCUCAUCUGGGCAUUUGUUCUGAUUACUCAGACACCCUUGCUCCACCGUGACCUCACCCUCCGGGUCGUCGAGCUAAACAUCACAACCUGCUUCGACGUGCUUCCACGUAAACUGUUCAUUCACCAAUCAGUAGCCUAUCUCUACUUCCUAGUGGUUCUGCUGAUGUUCUACGUGUUGCCGUUAGCCGUCCUGGUCAGCUGUUACGUUGCCGUGGCGAGAGGCCUGCACAGGUCGUUGCCGACGGCAGCUGAAGGCAGUGAUGGUAAGAGGGAAGUGUUGUCAAGGCGACGGGCUCAGACCACAGUCGCCUUGGCAACCCUGUGCUUUGUGGUGUGUUACCUACCAACCAUCACCCUUCAUGGCCUGCACUUAGUCUUCCACGCCCAGGGCAAGAGCCUGUACAGAUACUAUAAACUAGCGCUGAGCAUCAACAGCCUCAACUGCUGCUUUGACCCGUUUGUGUACUACUUUGCGUCGAGGGAGUUCCGGCUGGCUCUGAGGAGGCUGCUGGGGCGGUGUGUCCCACUGGGAGAGGGGGAGGAGCUUGGGACCUCUGAGCUGGUGUCCAUGACUGGGUAGACUAGGGAAUCUAAGGGCCACUACUAGGCUGUAGUUGAUCACUAGAUAGUCAUGCUGGAAUGGACAAAGUAUGCAGAUGCCAUAGCAAAUGACCCAAACUGUAAAUACAAAAUAAUCUAUUUUGUUAUUUUAUGGACAGAGCCUGUGCGGUCUUCAUUAUAAAGCUGUUUAUGUAAUUGUUGUCAAUGCUAAUUUUUAUAGUUAUUCUGACUUCAUUCCAUUGACAUUUAUUAUUGAAUAAAUCUUAGACA